CAGGGCUGAGCGGCGGGCGCGGGGGUGCCCGGAAUCGCCGCCGAUCCGCCGGGCAGAGCUGGGAGGGGGCGGCCGGGCCCCGGUAAGGGGGGGGCUCCCCCUGCCGGGCCAUGGAGCUGCCCAAGGGCAAGGCGGGAGCGGCGGGCUCCGGUACCGGCACCGGCACCGGGAAGCUGCUGCUGAGCUCGCUGCUGGACUCCAAGGACGAGCUGGAGGAGAGGCUGGAGCGCUGUGUGGGGAUCGUCACCUCUCUGACCAACGGGCUCUCGGAGCGCGAGGCCAACGACGCCCUCAACGCACACAUCUGCAAGGGCACCCCCCAGCACGAGGAGAUCUGCCUGGGGCUCUUCACCCUGGUGCUGACCGACCCCGCCCAGGCGCAGAAGUGCUACCGGGUGGCGCGGGUGAGCCGGGACGGGAUGAACAUCGUGCUCAACAAGAUCAACCACAUGAUGGAGAAGUACCUGAAGCUGCAGGACACCUGCAGGACACAGCUGGUGUGGCUGCUGCGGGAGCUGGUGAAGAGCGGAGUGCUGGGGGCUGACGGGGUCUGCAUGACCUUCAUGAAACAGAUCGCAGGUGGCGAUGUCACUGCCAAGAACAUCUGGCUGGCCGAGAACGUUCUGGAGAUCCUGACGGAGCAGAGGGAAUGGGUACUCAAGAGCAGCCUGCUGGUGGCCAUGGCAGUGUACACCUACCUGCGCCUGAUCGUCGAUCACCACGGCACGGCCGCGCUGCAGGCGCUGCGCCAGAAGGAGGUGGAGUUCUGUGUGUCCCUGCUCAGGGAGAGGUUCAUGGAUUGCUUCAUGAUCGGCCGGGACCUGGUGCGGCUGCUGCAGAACGUGGCGCGGAUCCCCGAGUUCGAGCAGCUCUGGAAGGACAUCCUGCACAACCCGCAGGUGCUGAGCUCCCAGUUCACAGGUGUGCUGCAGCUCCUGCAGUCCAGAACCUCCCGGAAAUUCCUGGCGUGCCGCCUGACCCCCGACAUGGAGACCAAGCUGCUCUUCAUGACCUCGAGGGUGCGCUUUGGGCAGCAGAAGCGCUACCAGGACUGGUUCCAGAGGCAGUACCUGUCCACCCCUGACAGCCAGUCCCUGCGCUGUGACCUGAUCCGGUACAUCUGCGGGGUGGUGCACCCGUCCAACGAGGUGCUGAGCUCCGACAUCCUGCCCCGCUGGGCCAUCAUCGGCUGGCUGCUCACCACCUGCACGUCGAACGUGGCCGCGUCCAACGCCAAGCUGGCGCUGUUCUACGAUUGGCUCUUCUUCAACCCCGAGAAGGACAGCAUCAUGAACAUUGAACCUGCCAUCCUGGUCAUGCACCACUCCAUGAAACCCCACCCAGCCAUCACGGCCACGCUGCUGGACUUCAUGUGCAGGAUCAUUCCCAAUUUUUACCCCCCUCUGGAAGCUCACGUCCGCCAGGGCGUCUUCAACUCCCUCACCCACAUCGUGGAGAAGCGGGUCCUGGCGCACCUGGCCCCGCUCUUUGACAACCCCAAGCUGGACAAGGAGCUCCGGGCCAUGCUCAGGGAGAAAUUCCCGGAAUUCUGCAGCUCCCCCUCUCCCCCCAUCGAAGUGAAAAUCGAGGAGCCCGUUGCCAUGGAGAUGGAGAAUCACCUGGAGAAGGAUGACGGUUGCUAUGACAACGCCGAGGCCGCCUUCAGUGAUGAUGAGGAGGAGCUGAGCAGCAAAGGCAAGAAGAGGGAGUUCCGGUUCCACCCCAUCAAGGAAUCCAUCGUGGAGGAGCCCGUGGACAUCACGCCCUUCCUGGAGCAGCUGGACGAGUCCCUCAGGGACAAAGUGCUGCAGCUGCAGAAGGGCAGUGACACGGAGGCGCAGUGCGAGGUCAUGCAGGAAAUCGUGGAUCAGGUCCUGGAGGAGGAUUUUGACUCGGAGCAGCUCUCGGUGCUCGCCUCGUGCCUGCAGGAGCUGUUCAAGGCGCAUUUCCGCGGGGAGGUGCUGCCCGAGGAGAUCACGGAGGAGUCCCUGGAGGAGUCCGUGGGGAAGCCGCUGUACCUGAUAUUCCGGAACCUGUGCCAGAUGCAGGAGGACAACAGCGGCUUCUCGCUGCUGCUGGACCUGCUGUCCGAGCUCUACCAGAAGCAGCCCAAGAUCGGAUAUCACCUGCUCUACUACCUGCGGGCCAGCAAGGCGGCGCUGGGCAGGAUGGGGCUGUACGAGUCCUUCGCCCAGGCCACGCAGCUGGGGGAGCUGCACACGUGCCUGAUGAUGGACAUGAAGGCGUGCCAGGAGGACGACGUGCGCCUGCUCUGCUUCCUCACGCCCUCCAUCUACAGCGAGUUCCCAGACGAGACCCUGCGGAGCGGGGAGCUGCUCAACAUGAUCGUGGCUGUCAUCGACUCCUUCCAGCUGCAGGAGCUCGUGUGCCACGUCAUGAUGGGAAACCUCGUCAUGUUCCGCAAGGAUUCCGUGCUCAACAUCCUCAUUCAGAGCCUGGACUGGGAGACCUUUGAGCAGUACUGCACGUGGCAGCUGUUCCUGGCACACAACAUCCCCCUGGAGACCAUCAUCCCCAUCCUGCAGCACCUCAAGUACAAGGAGCACCCCGAGGCCCUGUCCUGCCUCCUGCUGCAGCUGCGCAGGGAGAAGCCCAGCGAGGAGAUGGUGAAGAUGGUGCUGAGCCGGCCGUGCCACCCCGAGGACCAGUUCACCACCAGCAUCCUGCGCCACUGGGGGCUGCGGCACGACGACCUGCUGGGGGAGCACAUCAAGGCGCUGCUGAUCAAAAACAACAGCCUGCCCCGCAAGAGACAGAGCCUGCGCAGCUCCAGCAGCAAACUGGCCCAGCUGACCCUGGAGCAGAUCCUGGAGCACCUGGACAACCUCAGGCUGAACCUCACCAACACCAAGCAGAACUUUUUCAGCCAGACCCCGAUCCUGCAGGCGCUGCAGCACGUCCAGGCCAGCUGUGACGAGGCUCACAAAAUGAAGUUCUCGGAUCUGUUUUCCCUGGCCGAGGAGUACGAGGAUUCCUCCAGCAAACCCCCCAAGAGCCGCCGGAAAGGCACGGCCCUGUCCAGCCCCCGCAGCCGCAAGAACGCGGCGCAGCCCCCCAACAACGAGGAGGAGUCGGGGUCCAGCAGCGCCUCGGAGGAGGAGGACACCAAACCCAAACCGGCCAAGAGGAAAAGGAAAGGAUCCAGCGCCGUGGGCUCGGACAGUGACUGAGGGCUGGGACCCCCCAGGACCCCCCAGGACCCCCCAGGACCCCCCCAGGACCCCCCCAGGACCCCCCAAAACCGGUGCCAGCAAACCCUGGGGGUCAGGACCCCCCCCCACAAUUCCCAGCACGCCCCCUCCCCGAUUUCACCAACGUGGGGAGGGGUCGUGGUGUCCCCUCCCUCCUUCCCCAGUGUGGGUGGGGUCCCCUCGAGGGGCAGGAAAGGGGGAAACCCCCUCCUCAAUUUCCUACAGAAAGGGGGAAACCCCUCCUCAAUUUCCUACAGAAAGGGGGAACCCCCUCCUCAAUUUCCUACAGAAAGGGGGAAACCCCCUCCUCAAUUUCCUACAGAAAGGGGGAAACCCCCUCCUCAAUUUCCUACAGAAAGGGGGACCCCCUCCCCAAUUUCCUACAGAAAGGGGGAAACCCCCUCCUCAAUUUCCUACAGAAAGGGGGAAACCCCCUCCUCAAUUUCCUACAGAAAGGGGGACCCCCAUUUUCCUACAGAAAUGUAAAUAAAGGGUGGAACUGAGUCGCUGCUCCAGGAUGAUUUGGGGAGGGGAGGGGGGGUCCUGCCCCCCCCGGGGG